CAUGACCUCCCGUGGAAAAAAUGUGGAAAACAUUUGAGCAAAACAUCGAAACAUUUGUGGAAAAUACCACGUUUCACUAGUUAUCGGGGCUAUUCUUUCUAGAAUAUUAAUUCCGUAAAUAUAUACCAGAUAGCAAUCUUCUUUAAAUCGGUUCCGAUUUUCUGGACUGUUAUUUGUUAACAGCAUUAUUAUUUUUAUCGCAAUGACGAUCAUGCAUAUCUUUAAGCUAUGGACAGUCAUUCAGCUCUGUGGAUGUUGCAGCCCAUCCCAAAAAGAAAGCUUGGAUGAAAUUAUUGAGAAAGGACUAAGCCAACAUCGGCAGGGCGAUCUGACGAUACUGCAGUUUGACCCAAGCUGGGAAGCAGCAGCUCAGCAGCGGCCAUUUAGUAAUCAAGAAGUGAUGCAGCGGCCACACUUAGGUGAUAACGUCACGUUCGCCUGUGAACUGCCACCCGGAACGCACUGGCAUACGGUGUCCUGGCUGCACCAGGACCGUGUCGUCUUUGAACGCGGGCAGCCGGUGCCGGUGGAGGAUGGUCAGGAGUACAGCUUCAGCCGCAUGGACGACGUCAUGCUGUUUCGCAUCAGCAGUGUCUCCUUUCUGGCCAGUGGUGCGGUGACAUGCGUGAAAACCGUUGAACCCAAUAUCCCCAUUAAACGCUACUAUCUACUGCCGUUGGUCACCCGCGCCAGCCAGGUCUUCUAUACGCCGAUGCCCGAUCAGCUGGUCACCGAAGGCGACACUUUAACGGUGGCUUGCGCGCUGCGUUUGCCGCUGUCACCGGAAGCGGUCAAGAAUAAUUUUCCGCUGAACCAUGUUAUGUGGCGUCACAACAGCCGGUUGCUGAGUACACCGGUGGAAGCGCCGUACUCGCAUCUAACACACAGACUGCAGCUGAGCGCAGAGAUGCGUAGCGGUUUUGAAGCGGCCAAGUUUCUCAAUCGUGGAUUUCGCAGUCCGCUCAUUGUUACCACGUCCAUACCGAAUAUCUCCGCCGCGAGCGGCAAGGGUGCGGUUGAAUGCUGGUUCCGGCCGCAUGCUGGCCUACAUGAGUGGAUUGUGCAGAAAGCCAAGAUCCUAGUGCAGUCACGCAUGACUUAAGUAAAAUUCUUAUUAUUUAGCUUAUUUAUUGUACUGUUUAAUUUAUUCAUUAUCUGAAUUCCGAUGUACUUAUUUAUUUACCGUAUCAGCUGAAAACAAUAAAGAUCGAUGUUAUCGA